AUGCAGGUCCGAACGGUCCUUGAAGUGAAAGUUUUGGAUGUGCAGAAGAGGCGGAAUCCCUCUAAACAUUACGUGUACCUCAUCAAUGUCACAUACUCUGACUCCUCCUCUCAUGUCAUCUACAGGAGAUACAGCAAAUUCUUUGAUCUCCAGAUGCAGAUCCUGGACAAGUUCCCAGUGGAGGGAGGGCAGAAGGACCCCAAAAAGAGAAUAAUUCCCUUCUUACCAGGUAAACUCUUAUUUCGGCGAAGUCAAGUCAGAGACGUGGCUGUGAAAAGGUUGAAGCAUCUUAAUGACUACUGCAGAGCUGUGAUGAGGCUCCCUAACCAGAUCUCCCAGAGUGAGGAGGUGCUGAGGUUCUUUGAAACCAAGGCUGAGGACAUCAACCCUCCUAAAGAGGACUAUGGGGGAUCCACCAAACGCAAAUCAGGUUUGGAUGGUGCCGAUCCUAUGCUACUGGAGCAGUACAUGGUGGUGGCCAACUAUGAGAAGCAGGAGCCGGCGGAAAUCAGCCUGCAGGCCGGCAAAGUGGUAGACGUCAUCGAUAAGAGCGAGAGUGGCUGGUGGUUUGUCAGUACAGCGGAGGAGCAGGGCUGGGUCCCUGCCACAUACCUGAAUACCCACAGCAACACACAAGAUGACCUGGAGCUGGGAGCCUCCAAGUCCAGGGAAGUCACUAAGCACCGUAAGGCCCAUCUGAAGAGGCUGGACCGGAGAUGGACCCUGGGGGGAAUGGUCAGCAGGCAGCAGAGCCGAGAGGAGAAGUAUAUGACGGUGCAGCCAUACACCAGCGAGGGAAAGGAUGAGAUCGCCUUUGAGAAAGGAGUCAUCGUGGAGGUCAUCCAAAAGAACCUGGAGGGCUGGUGGUUCAUCAGGUACCAGGAUAAGGAGGGCUGGGCCCCGGCCUCCUACCUGAAGAAGGUGAUGGAGGACUUCUCUCCCCGUAGUAGUAAUAAGAAGACCCCCUUGACUGGCCCGGUGGAGAUAAUCAGCAACAUCAUGGAGAUCAGCAACCUGCUGAACAAGAAGGCCCUGAGUGAGAAGGACGUGCAGACAGACGGCCAGCCAGAGGACAACCCCCUAACCACCCCCUCCCUGGUCAAGAGGCAGAUCAGCCUGCCCAUACCCUGCUCUAGCUCAGACUUCAGCCCUGGUGCCGCACUGGUGGAUGUUAAGGGCAAAGUAGAACCAGCCUCUCCAGUCAUAGCCCGCAUCGCUCCUCACAGAAUAGAGAUCGGCUCCCCAAUCCUCAGACAAAAGCCACCUCCUCGCAGAGAUGCAACUCUGGGAUUCAAUUUACCCUCGCCACCAGAGCCCCCUACUGUUGAAGCAGAGUACUACACCAUUGCAGAGUUCCAGUCCGUCAUUUCAGAUGGCAUCAGUUUUAAUGGAGGGCAGAAAGCAGAUGUGAUCGAGAAGAACUCUGGUGGCUGGUGGUAUAUCCAGAUUGGUGAGAAAGAGGGCUGGGCUCCCUGCUCCUACAUCGACAAACGAAAGAAGCCCAACCUAAACCGCAGGACCAGCACUCUGAGCCGGCCUAAAGUCCCGCCCCCAGCCCCGCCCGUCAAGAAGCAGGACUUUGUGGAGACUGUCCCUACCAGCAGUCCUGGUUCCGAGGCUCCAGAGUCCCCUGCAUCUCCCGGAAGGCCUGUGUACGAGGAGCCAGAAUAUGACAUUCCUGCCAUUGGGUUUGAUCUGGAGUCAGAGUUUGAGUUCCUCAGGACAGAAGGGUCCUCAGUGGAUGGGAAGAAUGAGGAUAGCUCCUCAGAGAAGGGCUCUCACCUUUCCUCCAAGCCAUCUCCAGCCUCAUCUCUCCAUAGUGCCUCCUUCAAGAUGGGCGAGUCGUCUGAGGACGUGGGGCAGGAAGAGGAGGAGCCUGAGGGAGAGGAGUGUAUCUAUGAGAAUAACUGCUUCAUGCCUUUCAGAGAGAUGCCUUAUACACAAUCCAGUGUCGACUCAGACUCCCUGAAGAUUAGUGCCCCGUUGGAGACUAGCAAGGCUGAAAACUCUCACUCGAUGUUUGGGGCAAGGAGAAAAGGGAAGACGAUCCAGCUGAACGGCAGCCAGUCCCUGUCUCAAACCAAAGCAGAGGCCGGGGCAUCCAGCUCCAAACCUGCCUCUACAGAGUCCAACCCAGAUCUCUCCAAGCAGUCCAGGCCCAAGAAGGACAACGAUGAGCACAAGAUGGGCUCCACCAAGUCCUCCACCAAACCUAAGCCAUUGGUCAGGCCUAAGCCCCAGCUGGCCAAGGCCUCCAGUGCAGAGAAAAUGGACAUUGGCAGCCUCCGGAGACAACUUAGGCCUACAGGCCAGCUGAAGAAGGGCUCCAGAGGAGAAGACUUUGAAACAGCCUCUGUCAUCUCCUCUGAGGACUCUGUGUCCUCCCACAGCACCUCCGACAUCUCCUCCAUCUAUUCUAAAGGCAGCCGGGGAGACUCAGACGAGGGCUACAGUCUCUACCGCACCACAGAGGCCUAUGAGAAGGUCCAGGACUCAGAGAUGAGCUUCCCUCCCGGGGUGGAAGUGGAGGUGCUGGAGAAGCAGGAGAGCGGCUGGUGGUAUGUCCGCUUGGGCGACACUGAGGGCUGGGCUCCAACCUACUACCUGGAGCCUGUCAGGCAGCUGGACGACAAAGCUGGGUCAGAGUCCGAUGGCACCCCUACCAAACUGGGCAGCCUGAGCAAGUCCAACAGCCUGGAGAAGAAUGAGCAGAGGGUCCAGGCCCUGAACAACAUCAACCAGAGCCUAAAGAGGAGCAUACCGCCCAUCCCCUCCAAGCCCUUUGGCCUGUUCAAUGGCUCGCAGAAGAAUGUUAUGAAACAGCAGCAGGUGGUCAGGCCUCAGUCUGUCUUCAUCUCCAAGCCGAUCAUCGACGGGCCAAACCCAGUAGGCUCCCUUAGGAGGGGUGAGUCACUCAACUCCACUGACCACCCACGCUCUAGUCCCACCGUGCGCCGCAACGCUUCCUUUGGUACUACCCCGCGGUGCCCAGCGCCGAACGGUAACAUGGCAAACCGGAACAGACCCAGCAUGGGAAGCUCCGAAUCACUGGGCCGGGGGUCUCAGAGGAAAGGUCUACCUAUUUCCACGGUGAAACCCAAAACCCACCUCAUCCACAACAACCUCCGUGAGGUGUAUGUCUCCAUAGCGGAUUACCAUGGUGAUGAGGAGACCAUGGGGUUCCCUGAAGGAACGACUCUGGAGGUUCUGGAGAGGAACCCUAAUGGGUGGUGGUACUGCCAGAUCCUGGAUGGAGGUCGACCUCGAAAAGGCUGGGUCCCCUCAAAUUACCUGGAAAGGAAGAGCUAGUGACACACUAAUAUUCAGUGGAUGUGCAAUCAGGUCAGAGACCAUGGAAGACAGUGGAAAUGGAAAUGGAAAGACACUGAUUUUUUACGAUGGAAAGAUGGAAAUCAGAAGAGACAAUAUACAGUAUCAUUGAAGUGGUAUACUUUGUGUUUCCUAAACUGAGGGUGGUGACCAAUCCUGCAUAUAAUUACUUGACAUUUUAUUAUUGUAAUCUGAAGUGACAAAGAAAGUACUUCAAAGUAUAAUCUUUUGACAGGAUUUUAUCUAUUCACAGACAGCCGGGGGUUGGAACAAAUACCUUUGGCAUUAAAAUCAGCAAAAGGUCAAUCACAUAUUUAACAAAAUCAUUAAACAAAAGUGGUUGAUUUGAUGAAAUGUGCUUUUUAAUCCAAAAUGGAAGAAUAAUGGGUUUUGGACACUAGUGGAGGAGCUUUGGACAGCUUUGGCUGAUCAAGGUGAGUUUUUGUGAUAUGAUAACAUUAAUUAAGGAUCUCCAAUUGGCUAAACAUUAUUCACUUCAAAUGAUAUUUGAUCAUACAAUUGUUUUAAUGUUUUUUUAUGAUUUCUUUAAAGGUCCAA